GGGAAGUUGGCUGGCUCUCAAGGCAGAGUCUCUUCUCAAAGGCUGUUUCACAGUGAAAAUAUGCUCAGUGCAGCCGAGUGCAUGAAUGAAAAAGCCUCCGGUACCUUCUAGUCUGGCAAAAUGCAGCACAAAACUCAACUUACUCUGUCCUUUCUACUGUCCCAGGUUCUGCUGCUUACAUUUGCAGAAGAUUUAGGAUGUGUCCCUGGAUUCCAACAAAAGGUUUUUCAUAUUGAACAGCCAUCUGAAUUCACAAAGGAUCAACCAAUUCUGAACUUGGCGUUUGAUGACUGCAAGGGAAAUGACAAAUUGAACUUCGAAGUUUCUAACCCAGACUUCAAGGUGGAACCUGACGGGUCUUUAGCGGCUCGGAAAAAUGUAACAGAAGCUGGUCGAGCACUGUUCAUCCAUGCACGGUCUUCUCAGACUGAAGAUAUGGCAGAAAUUGUGAUUCUUGGAGGGAAGGAGAAGCAUGGUUCUUUAAAGGAAAUCUUUAAAAUUGAAGGCAACCUUGGAAUUCUAAGGCAAAAGAGAGCUAUUUUGCUGUCUCCAAUAUUAAUUCCAGAAAAUCAGAGACCACCAUUCCCCAGGGUUGUUGGCAAGGUUAUCAACAGCGAUAGACCGGAGGGAUCAAAGUUUCGAAUCUCUGGGAAGGGAGUUGAUCAAGACCCAAAAGGAGCUUUCAAAAUUAAUGAGAACACUGGGGAAGUCUCAGUGACACGGGGCCUUGAUAGAGAAGCAAUUGCCAAUUACGAACUGCAAGUUGAGAUCAUGGAUGCAACCGGCAAAAGUAUCGAAACCCCUGUCCCUCUGGAUAUCAUAAUCAUCGAUCAGAAUGACAACAGGCCCAUCUUCAGGGAAGGACCGUACAUUGGACAUGUCAUGGAAGGAUCACCUACAGGAACUAUCGUGAUGCGCAUGACAGCCUUCGAUGCUGAUGACCCUUCCACAGAUAAUGCUCUGUUGAGGUAUAAUAUCCUUAAACAGACCCCUGACAAGCCUUCUCCAAACAUGUUCUACAUUGAUCCAGAGAAAGGAGACAUUGUGACAGUGGUUUCACCUACGUUGUUGGACCGUGAGACUAUGGACAGUACAAAGUAUGAGCUGAUUAUAGAAGCUAAGGACAUGGCUGGUCUCGAUGUGGGAUUAACCGGCACAGCAACUGCUACCAUUCUUAUUGAUGACAAAAAUGAUUAUGCCCCCGAAUUCACCAAGAAGGAGUUCCAAGCUACAGUAAAGGAAGGUGUUACAGGAGUGAUUGUGAAUUUAACUGUUCAGGAUGAGGAUGAUCCAGCAACAGGGGCCUGGAGAGCUGUUUAUACCAUUAUCAAUGGAAACCCAGGGCAGAGUUUUGAAAUCCAUACCAAUCCACAGACUAAUGAGGGAAUGCUCUCUGUUGUCAAACCUUUAGACUAUGAGAUCUCAGCAUUUCACACGCUGCUGAUCAAAGUAGAAAAUGAAGACCCACUCGUUCCGGACAUAGCUUAUGGCCCCAGUUCCACAGCUACAGUUCAGAUCACUGUUGAAGAUGUAAAUGAAGGCCCCGUUUUCCACCCAAACCCAAUGACAGUGACCAAACAAGAAAACAUCCCCAUUGGCAGCGUUGUACUAACAGUGAACGCCACAGAUCCAGAUACCUUGCAGCAUCAAACUAUUAGGUAUUCUGUUUACAAGGAUCCAGCAGGUUGGCUGGAAAUUAACCCUACAAAUGGUACCAUUGGCACCACUGCCAUCCUGGAUCGUGAAUCAUCAUAUGUCACAAACAACAUCUAUACUGCAGAGUUUCUGGCAAUAGACAGCGGCAACCCUCCUGCGACUGGUACAGGGACUCUGCAGGUUACCCUGGAAGAUGUCAAUGACAAUGCCCCGUACAUUAAGCCAACUCUGGCAAAAGUCUGUGAUGAUGCAAAGGAUCUCAGGGUAGUGGUUUUGGAAGCAAAAGAUGAUGACCUUCACCCUAAUACAGAUCCAUUCAAAUUUGAACUGAGCAAACAGGCUGUCCCAGAUAAAGUGUGGAAAAUCACCAAGAUUAACAACACUCAUGCCCAGGUCAGCCUGCUUCAAAACCUGAAAAAGGCCAAUUACAACAUCCCCAUCCUGGUGACAGAUUCUGGAAAGCCACCUCUGACUAAUAAUACAGAACUGAAAGUACAAGUGUGUUCCUGCAAGAAAUCCAAAAUGGACUGCAGUGCAGCCGAUGCCCUUCAUAUCAGCAUGACCCUAAUCCUCUUUUCAAUCUUCAGUUUAUUUUGUCUGUAAGAACUCCUGACAUUUGAAGCUGUCCUACCGAGUUGCCGUGGCAACAAGAAAAGGAAAGCGUCAGAUCCGAAGAUUGCAGUUUACAGUUACUGUUCUUCACUACUAGGCCUCAGUUGCUCCAGAUUCAGUUUAAUUUGCCACCUCACUUAGUCUGCCCGACUGUACGUCAGUGUUUGACAGCCUCUACCCUUACAUUCGUUUAUUAAUGGAUUCCUCUUGCAAGAUGCAAGGUUUAUGAGAAUUUUCACUGAAUGUUAAAAGACCAUAAUAUCUAAACUUGACCUUCUCGGAGCAGAAUACUGAAUGACUCCAUUUUUUUUCUAUCUGUUGACUUGUUGCUAUUCAACUGUUCAAAAAAUAUUUUGUCUGUGGGUUAGUAUUUGUAUAUGUAUGAGUGUAUGUAUAUAUAUAUAUUUAUAGAGAGAGAGAAGAGAUAUACAAUAGGUUUAGCUUUUAUAUGACAUCCAUCUGAAGUUCUAAGAGGGCAAGGAUAGAGCAACCCAGGCACAGAUGAGUGAUGCUAACCAUCCUGUUCUAGCUAAACCCAUUGUAUGUGCUGUUUAUACAAUGGUGCAACAAAAAAGGAGAGAACCUACUGCAACUGUAUUGUUAAAAGAGCCCGCUUGAGUGGCACCAAAUAAAGUCUAUCGAGUGCUCCACAAUGUCACUUCUUGUACUUCAGGUUCAGCAAACAAGAGGUGCAGAUUCCCAAGUCUGCAUUUCUGAUUGAGAUUUCUUUCCUUUAGCCCCAGGUGGAACUGAUGAUACAACCCCAGCAUCUCUUCCCUCCGGGCCCCAGUGGCAACAGUGCUGGAAGAUCAGGGAGGCUCUCAUUUAUAAGAGCAUAAAGCAGUCAGCUGGUGCUAACAUAUUAUAAGUCAAAGAAUAUUAGGG